GCGUUCGCGGCGGCGGCGGCGGCGGGGCGGCGGUGGACGCACGGCCGAGCGGGGCGGCGGCGGCUCCGGUCCUUGUGGGCGCACCUGGGCUCUCAGCCACAGCCAAGAGCAGAUUACCACUCACUUAAGGACAGAGAAACCACCGGACUCAAGGGGGCCGCAGCCCUGACCCGGGAGCCAGACUCGUGGUGGCCGAGGGCUGCUCCGCUGGUCCGUCCCAUCAGCCUGGACUGGUGAACCGACUCCCAAGAGCCCUCUCCAGGUUUGCUGGCAUGGGAAAUCUGCUCAAAGUCCUUACCAGGGAAAUUGAAAACUAUCCACAUUUUUUUCUGGAUUUUGAAAAUGCCCAGCCCACGGAAGGCGAGCGGGAGAUAUGGAACCAGAUCAGCGCCGUCCUCCAGGAUUCCGAGAGCAUCCUCGCAGACCUGCAGGCGUACAAGGGCGCGGGCCCAGAGAUCCGAGACGCCAUUCAAAAUCCCAAUGACAUCCAGCUCCAAGAAAAAGCGUGGAAUGCAGUGUGUCCUCUGGUCGUGAGGCUAAAGAGAUUUUAUGAGUUCUCCAUAAGGCUAGAGAAAGCUCUUCAGAGUUUAUUAGAAUCUCUGACCUGUCCACCUUACACGCCAACCCAGCACCUGGAGCGAGAGCAGGCACUGGCAAAGGAAUUUGCGGAAAUCCUGCAUUUUACCCUUCGAUUCGAUGAGCUGAAGAUGAGGAACCCGGCUAUUCAGAAUGACUUCAGCUACUACAGGAGGACAAUAAGCCGCAACCGCAUCAACAACAUGCACCUAGACAUUGAGAAUGAAGUCAAUAACGAGAUGGCCAAUCGAAUGUCCCUCUUCUAUGCGGAAGCCACGCCCAUGCUGAAAACCCUUAGCAAUGCCACAAUGCACUUUGUCUCCGAAAACAAAACCCUGCCGAUAGAGAACACCACAGACUGCCUCAGUACCAUGACGAGUGUCUGUAAAGUCAUGCUGGAAACACCGGAGUACAGGAGCCGGUUUACGAGCGAAGAAACGCUGAUGUUCUGCAUGAGGGUGAUGGUGGGGGUCAUCAUCCUCUACGACCACGUCCACCCCGUGGGAGCUUUCUGCAAGACGUCCAAGAUCGAUAUGAAAGGCUGCAUAAAGGUUUUGAAGGAACAGGCCCCGGACAGUGUGGAGGGGCUGCUGAAUGCCCUCAGGUUCACUACAAAGCACUUGAACGAUGAGUCGACUUCCAAACAGAUUCGAGCAAUGCUCCAGUAAAGCUCUGCUCCAAGAAGAGGAUCUAUGUACUGACCUCAGAAGAUGUAUAUGUUUACAUAAUUUAAUACAGAUUGAUGUUAAUACUUGUGUAUUUACAUAACCGUUUCCUUCUUGUCACUGCAAUAUAUGGACCUUAAUUUGUAUCCUGACUGACUCAACCCAGCAGAGCAUAAGUUGACUUGAGAGCCUUACCUUUGAUGUCUAAAACAAAACCCCCUCCUCCAAAGGCAAAAGUUGGAGAUGAACUUUGCCACUGGAGUCCUUUAACUACACCUGUAACAAUCAGAACUUGCUGAUAGUUUGUGGUAGUGUUUAAAUUCUAGAUGUGUAAUCUCUCUGGGAAGUAUAGUGAUAGAAACACAAAGCAUUUGAUUUCCUGUAUCGGCUCAGCUACAAGAAACACGACUGGUAUCCUGGCAGAGGGAGAGAGAAAUCCAGAAAAAAGAAAAAUGCACGUGGCGGUUCCAGCCCAGGUGUUUGGAAUUCAGCACGCCCCCUCUCUUUCCCGAGACUGCAGACCACACGUGCAGCCUUUCUGUUCGCACGUGUUUCAUUCAUCAGCAUUUUCCCUUUCUGUUGGCUGUAUGCCCCUCUGCAGUUCCCUUUCCGUUUGCAAGAGGAAAAUCACCUGUGUUUGAAUCAGUCCGCGGGAGAGAAGCCAGAAUAGAUAGGUGGGCUGUCGUAGGUAGGCUGUCGAAAGUGGUUGUCUUGGAAGUCGGGGACACGUUGGGAGGAAGGACACCCAGACAACAGGACAAAUCUUCAACCCUCUGUCACAGGGACAAGGACGUGGAGCUCUGGCUUUGAAAUUGUGGUAAGCUUGCUGACAUUGCAGUUAUUUGCAUAGUGCUGGGCACUCAGCCCGUCCACAUAGGAGCCUUGUUCUCUGUGGACCAUUCAUGUGACAAUAGAGUUCUGGGGUACUUCAAUAGUUACCAGAAAACUGGGGGAAUUUGGAGGGGGAAAAAAAAUCUAUGUUUUCUGGUUACCUUGUCUUUAAAACAGUUUCUCCCUGGCCCAUUGCUAGCUUGUUGCCUUGAGUAAAGCCUGGUCAGAGUUCCUGGAGUUAGUUCUAGCCCUAUUCAUUCACAGUGUGAUCUUGGGAAACUCACUUCAGCUGUGUCUCACCUUUCUCAUCUCUAAAAUGGACAUUGAAAACCGACAUUCUCCAGGAGCCCUCUAUGCCUAAGGCUACCUUUAGAGUCUAAGGCUACCCGUCACUAAAAUGACUGACUCCCACAUUCUUCCAUAGUUAGUGGAGUCCAGUAAGCAUCAUCCCACCUUAUCCUGAUGAUUGAUGGUAUGACAAGGCCUAGAGCAGUGGUUCCCAACCUUUUUUUAGCCAUGCCCCACCUAAGCAUCUCUCAAAUCUUGAUGCCCCUCUGUGACAUAUAAUUCUUAUUAUUCAAAAAGUGAACUCCUAUUCACAUGGAGGAAGCCCAAAAGGCCAUUAACUUGGUCUAAACAAGCUUCCAAAGAACAUGGUAUCCAUGAAAGAGAAAAAUAAAAGAACAAAAGGGCAGUUGAAGUACUGAGGAAGAAAUCACUAAGAAAUUGUUAAAAAAAUAAUAUGAAGUGAUAUGAAAAAAGAGCAAAUAAAGUUUCAAAACAUAUACUAGAGAACUGAAAUGCAUAAAUAUGUCACAAUAUACAUUUAUAUACUGUAUAUAAGGCCCCUAGAACCAUAAAAAAUGCAAAAAAAUCACUGUUAAUAUCUCAUUCUCGAAUUGCCCCCCUUAAAAAUCAAAUUGCCCCCCUGUGGGGCAUGUGCCCCACGUUGGGAACCACUAGCCUAGAGUUAUUUUGUCUGAAGAUCAGAGCUUGGAACGAAAUCCAGGAAAUCUAAUCUCGAAUGGAAAAAAAGACAGAGGGUGAAGUCAAUCAGGACCCCACUGCCCCAGUGUAGGACUAGAACCCAGGAUGCCUCACUCCUGACGCCAUGCUCUUUCUUUUCACCAUGUGGCCUAUAUAUACCUACUAUGGGAUGAGACUGGAUACUUUAAAAUAAAUCCUCAGUCUGGCCUGGAUAAUUACUUACCUGCUUCUGGUAGACAGCAAGUUACCAAGUGGAUGAUCAUUCCAGAAGCUGGGUCUGGGUACCUUAGAGCUUGGCGCCAUUCACAAUGUCCCAAGAAAUGAGCUGUCACACCAUUGCUUCCCAGAUUUUGGUGGCCAGCUGGCAUUCCCUUGAGUCCUCCAAGAAAAGGGGAGGUGUACAUGUGUUUUGUUUUAUUUUGAUCAAAGAAAUCCAGCCGUGGCAGAACAGGCUCCAUGGUCUGUAUCUAAAUGUCAGUCAACAGAGAGAGGAAAGACCCUUUUCCUUAAAGCUUUUCAAGCUGAACCAGUACAGCUGCUUGGAUGGCUCUUCUCCCACCAGAAUAGAAUCACACUAGUUGGCCUUGAGUAACUUUUCAAGCGUAGGGGUUCUAAUGUCCCAGAGGAAGCCAGAAAAUGGGGUAGCAAUGGGUGAACACAUUCAUUAAAUAUUCAGCUUAAGAAAAGUUCUCCUAUUUGGCAGCCAUAUGGUAUCCUUGGGCGACAACUGUCAAGAUUGUACAUAUAGAGGCAUUCAAUGCUCAUCAUCACUGGGUCCGUUUUCCUCCUUUAUCAGGAAAGGCGAUUCCGUCUUGGAAAGAGGAAUGGACUUGCAGAGCAAACAGUUGAGCACGGGUAUCAUUUUUUAAUUAGACUUUCUAUCAAAAGGGACCAAAUAUAUGGGAGGGGCUGCUGGCCUGCCCCAGUUUAGCCAGGUUGUCUUGUCUCAAAGCCAAAAUUCAUUCGCCAGGAUGUGGGUUCUCCAAAGCCCAGGGUCUGAAAGGUUGCCUCUGAGUGUCAGGAGGGCAGGUUAACUGAAUGUCUGUGAUCACGGGCAGGUGGUGGGCCUUGGGCCCACUCCAGAGCUACUGUGGGAGACAAAUUCCUUUAACAGUCUGUCCUCCAGGCAUCAGGAGUCCUUGAACAAUCAUGGUUUCUAUGCUGCAUGCACAUGCAUCCAAGACCUAUGGGUGGUUUAGGGAAAGUGCUAGCAACAGUCUCCAUGUCAAUGUUAACUAUAUUUCAUAUCUGUUGUCUCAUAGUUUUCAAAUAAACAGUGUCUUCUGUUACUCCCAUAUUUAUUUGGGGGGCAAGCAACAAAAUGAAAAUUACAUUUCUCAGAACCACUGCUAUUUUAGCAUUAUAACUUUGUUCUCAGAAACCUUUCAUGUACCACAAGGAAUUAGUAGAUUUAAAAAAAAAGAAGCGCAAAACAAGUGGCAAUAAAUGUUUGAAUUGUGGUGACUCA